AUGAGCGUGCAUGGCGACGUAUUACAUCUUCCAGACUUCAAUCGGCUUUCUUCGGUGCUAUUUGAUCUCGCAAAAUUCGACUUGUUGAAUGUCAGUUCUCUUGAUCACACAGUUCCGCCAGGAUUUACGGUUCCCUGCCACUCCGUCGGUCAUAACGCUCCGCUUGUCUCUCCAAAAUCGAGGUUAUUUAUUGCUAAUUUGAUAAUUAUAGUUCAUGCACCGAAACUAUUUCAGAUAUCGGUGAAAAAUAGCUCACACCGCUCCGAUUUUGUUUCCCGAUUGCAGCGACUUCUGAAGAAAUACGAAGAGAGGAGUGAGCAGUUUCGAAGAAAAGCGGAGAAAUAUGAAGCUAUUGUGCUCAGGGAUAAGCAGGAAGGCAAAGUAAAGCCACACAUCAUCGAUAAGAAUGAGAAAAAAGCUCGUCAGGCCCGAGGAGUUGUUAACGGCGCUUUGGAAGAAGUGGCUAGGAUUCGUGUUUUACUCGAGGAAAUGUCAACAUAG